AUGGGAGGUCACGGAGGUCUGAAUAUUCUCCCUCAGAAGCGAUGGAACGUUUACAACUACGACAACAGAGAGAAGGUUCGUCGUGACGAAGAACAAGCCGCCAGGGAGGAACAGCUCAAGCGCGAGCAGGCUCGGAAGCGCGACGCCGAGUUCCGUCUCGAGCGUCUACGCACCGCUCGAGGUUUGGCACCAAAGCUUCCGCCUCCCGAACCCAAACCUGAACUCGAGCCGGAGCCUUCAUCCGACGCUGGCCACAUCAACCUCCUCGAAGGGAUCAAAAUUUUUGACCCGAUUCAGGUGCCUCAGAAAGAGGGUCCACCCGCGAAGAAGAAAAAGGAGGAGCGAGGGCCCAAGCCAGCCGUUGUUGUGGGCCCGGAGGAUGAGAAGUAUAGGCUUGGUUAUGGGCUUGCCGGAAAGGGGGUUCAGUUGCCGUGGUAUCUUCGGAAACCUAAUGAUGAUGUUAUCAAGGAUGAAAGCGGUGACAGGGAUAGGAGAGAGAAUAAGGGUGAGAAGAAGAGGAAGACGAUGGAAGAAUUGAGGGAAGAGAGAAUGAAAAGGGAGAGAAAGGAGAAGGACCGCGAGAGGGCUUUGAGACAGGAGAAGAUCCAGAGUCACAGAGAUGUUUCUGGCAGUAGGAGGAGGUUCACCAGAUGA